AUGGACGCCGUCGAUGCGUCUGCCCACUACGAGGUCUCUGCGUCGGCCGAGACCCCGGCCCUUCUGACCAUCGUCCUCGACACGAACCCGCGCGCCUGGGCCGCGCUGGCCAAUACUCUGCCACUCAGCAAAGCCAUCGCCAACAUCCUCGUCUUUGCCAACUCGCAUUUGGCCCUUGGGAGCACCAACCAAGUCGCCGUCAUUGCCUCGCAUAGCAACAGGGCUAUAUGGCUCUAUCCGUCGCCCAAGGAAGUGGCAGCAACGGCGGCCGCAGCUACGGCGACCACGAAAGCACGACGGGCUGCGGCGGCAGCUGCCAAUGGUGGUGACAGCGACGAUGUGCCCAUGACCGACUCCGACAGCAAUGGCAACACGCAUUCUAAUGGCAACGGGAACGGCAACGGCAACGGCAACGGCAGCAACAUACCACAGACCGUGCCCUCCUCUGCCAACAAGUUCCCACAGUUCCGCGAGAUCGAGACCACCCUCCUCAAAUCCGUCCACGACCUCGUCACCAGCACCACCGAGCGCGACCUCGAAGAAACUACAACCCUGCUGUCGGGUGCCCUGACACUCGCCCUCGCACACAUCAACAAAACCGCCAUCCUGAUCCCGGCAGCGGCGGCGGCGGCAGACGGCAAGGGAAGGCCGUCUGGCCAGCAGGGCGGCAGUAGUGGCAGUGCCGGCAAGGGUGUGGGAGGCGGGCCAGGAAGUGCGCCCGGCAGUGACGGAAAGACAAAGGGCGACGGCAGUGCCUCGUCAGACGAUGUUGGCCUGCAUGCCCGCAUCCUCGUCAUCUCUGUGUCGGACUCGUCCCCGGCGCAGUACAUUCCGACGAUGAACGCCGUCUUUGCUGCCGCCCACGCCGGUGUCGCCAUCGACGUUUUGGCCCUGCGCGGUGCAGCCACCUUCCUACAGCAGGCCGCCUUCAUCACUCGCGGCACAUUCCUGGCACCGCCAGCGCCCGGCGACAGCGCCGACGGCCACGGCCUCCACACGCAGGGCCUGUUGGCGUACUUGAUGCUGGGGUUCAGCGCGGCCUCGGCGCGCGACGUGGCCAACGCGCUCGUCCCCCCGAGUGCUGAUGCGGUCGACUUCCGCGCCGCGUGCUUCUGCCACCGGCGUGUUGUCGACACUGGGUUCGUGUGCAGCAUCUGCCUGAGCAUCUUUUGCGAAGUGCCCGAAGCACCCGCCGGCGACGAGACAGCCGGCGGUCCGCCGACAACCGAGUGCCUAACGUGUGGGUCACGGCUGCGACUAGGUGCCUACGGUGCAAAACCGGCCGUGGUGCCGCGUCCGAAGAAGAAGAAGAAGAAGCGGCUGGGUGGCGCGGCCGGUGGCCGCGAAGAGACUGGCAGCACAGUCGGAACACCCAUGACCUCGUGA